GUUUCAUUUGUCUUCCUUGUUCAGUGCCUUGUUUUUUUCUGUGACAUGGUUUUCCCUUUUGCCUUUUAUCUUGAACAACAUCCCAUAGUAUGCCCCCUGAAGUUCAGAAUCAAGGAUUGUUUCUCCCUAUCCUAUAGUCCACUGAUCAGUCUCAAGCACGUCAGCAGUUGGUAUCACAGAACAUGCAGAAUUGCAUGGCAUCUAAUGGAGUUCAAAGUUAUGCUGGUUUACAAGCGGCACUGCCUCCUGUCUCUGGUGUAACCCAGACUAUCCCCAACACUGUUGUCCAGAAUCCUAACAUGCAGAGUAUCCCUGGUGUUUCACAGAACUCAGUGGGGAAUUCAAUGGGACAAGGGAUUCCCUCCACUAUGUUUGUCAAUUCUCAGAGACAAAUGCUAGCAUCCCUAGAUUCUACAGCACAGACUGGACAUGCAAAAGGCGCUGAUUGGCAAGAGGAGAUCUAUCAGAAGGAGACCAAUAUUUGCUGAGCAAUUCUAUAAUGAAAAGUUGGUGACUGAUGUUUUAAAAACUGGAGUUAAGGAAUGGCUUAGAGUGCAUGGAGAUCAUGUUAAAAGUGAAGCUGUAGAGAAGGCAAUAACUCAAAUUAUGAUGGGUGAAGAAGCAGAGGAAAUGAGUAGUAGAGCAAAGUUGGUGAUCUUCUUGCUCCGAUUUCAAUGCUUUGAUUGAAUAACUGAGGUGGGCUCGCG